UUUUUUUUUGCAACUGCGAGAGAAAACUCUACUCUAGAAGAAAUAAACAGAGCAACAGAGAGACAAAGACAAAGAGAAAUGCAAACAAUUUCCAGAAAGAGGUAAAGAAGAUAUUCUGGAUUGGAAUUCCUCUCUAAUGGCGUCGGCCAUAUUUUCUGUGUGGAUCCCAAGUUCUGCUCUCCUUUAGCCAAGACAAGCAUCCUCCCAAGUUUUUCAUCCAAGAGGACGCUUUCACCGGACACCUGACAGGCUCUUAUUGAGAGGAUCCCGGACCAGACCCGACCUGCAGUUCACUGACCCUGACAUGAGCAGAGGAUCAAUUCCGGGUUCAGAACUUGAAAACCCUCUCACAGUUUCCAUUCAACACAGGUUUUUCAUGACUGUAGGACAGGUCAUGAGGUCCCCCAUGAGACUAGUCCAGUAUGGCCUCCUCUUUGGUGGGACUGUGGUUGUCGGGAUCCUGCUGCACGUGUCCACCUGGGAGAUGGCACAGGAGGAGCUGCCCGUCAUUUACAUCAUCACCCCCACGCACCGGCGGCACACGCAGAAGGCCGACCUGACCCGCCUGGCCAACACCUUGCGACAGGUGCCCAGCCUCCAUUGGAUCGUGGUGGAGGACGCGACCAGCCAGUCUACCUUGGUGGCGGGAGUGCUGGCCAGGUCCGGGCUACCCUACACCCACAUGAACGUGCCCAGGCCGGACUUCUGCAAGACGGGCUGCGUGGCACGGGGCACCGAGCAGAGGAACUUGGGCAUGGAGUGGCUGAGGAAGAACCGUGGGCCGCAGGACUCAGGAGUGGUGUAUUUUGCAGACGACGACAACACCUACGACCUGCAGCUUUUUGAGGAGAUGCGUUACACCAAGCACGUGUCGGUGUGGCCGGUGGGCCUCAUCGCGGCCCGCUGGUACGAGAGGCCGAAGGUUCGGGACGGGAAAGUGGUGGGCUGGUACACAGGCUUUGGUGGAAGGAAGUUCGGCACAGACAUGGCAGGCUUCGCAGUCAACCUGAGCUUGAUCCUAGCCAAUCCACAAGCUCAAUUUGUACUGAAGGGGGCGAAGCGAGGCAUGCAGGAGACCGACUUCCUCCGCCAGUUGACAACGGUGCAGGACUUGGAGCCCAAAGCCAACAACUGCACUAAGGUUUUGGUCUGGCACACACGCACAGAAUUUGCCCCCUUGUACCAGCACGUACCAGAAAACAUAGUCAUCGAGGUGUGAGGCAGGAGGAGUCAUCCAUUUGCAGUAUUUAUGGACAGGAGGAGCCUUUCAGUCCAAUAUGGGGAUAAUAAUGUUUCAAAAGGACUGAGAUGGGAAGACUGGAUCUGACGGUGAUGGGUCUGAUGUGUGGCAAUAGGCACCUGAUGAUGAACUGAGAAACCGUGUCUCUCUCUCACCCUUCAUCAGUCCUUAACACGAGCAUCCCCAGGGUAUGCAAUGCAACAGGAGUGUAAAUGAUAAUCGAUAUGCAUCGAAGAAUCGAUCCUACUGCCGACGAUCGGAUCGAGUCGUAUCGUAUUGUGGGGCAUUCUUAUUAUUGAAAAUAAUUGAGUUGCUGAACAAUGCCAUAGCUCAGGGAUGUCAAACUCAGGCCCUGGGGCAAAAUUUGGCCCACAGAGUCAUUUUAUUUGGCCCGCGAGAUCAUUUCAAAUGUGUAUUACAGUUGGCCCCCCUACCCAUGAAUGUGUUUUAAUAUGACUUGAACAUGAAAUUCUGGGCGUCAAACAUGCUCAUACAAGUGCAUCAGUGAUGUCUACCACUCAUUUACAACAGACUGUGCAGGCACAUUUGAACUACAAUAUCUGCUGGGAUUGAGUGUUUAAGAUGUAAGCAUUUGAGUAUUGUAAGCAUAUGCGCGCAUGCACAAUUUCAGUACUUUUUGAACAUUGAUUUCGGCCCGCAACUUUGUCCCAGAUUUAGAUUUUGGCCCACUGUGAAUUUGAGUUUGACACCCCUGCUCAAUAACAUGACAGAAGUGGAACAAUAAUUGGACAAAAAUAUUAUAUCGUAUUGUGAGGCAUUCUUAAGUAUCAAAUAAUCAAAUUGCUGCCUCAAGAAAUCGUAUUGUAUAGUCAUGGAGGCUGUGAUUUACACCCCUAAUAUGCGACAAUCAUCCCUUUGGUCCACCUACUGAAACAUCUCCAAUCAAAAAAGUUUAUCGUGUUAACGUGUAAAAAGUUUACGUGUAUGUUUUUUUUUUGCCCAUUUAUUCAGAGGGAACAAUUAAUUCCUGAGCGAACCUGAGGAUGCACAGAGGCGAAAUAAGCUGCUCGCUCUGAAUAAAUUAACAAAAAAUGUCAAA